AUGAGUUCUCUUGGUGGGGGAGGAGGAGUGCAACCCUUUCUACCGGUCCCGUCUAUUAUUGAAACAUUUACCGUGGACGCCAACUUAGAUCUUAUCUACUUUGUGGAUGGAAGUGAUAACACUUUAAAGGAAUUAAGCAUUAUCACUAAACAACAUAGAAAGCUAGCAGAUAUUUCAUAUGCCAAAGCCCUUGUAUUUGACUGGAUUGCUAAUCUUCUUGGCUGGAUCGAACCUUUGCAGUCCAGUAUACGUGCGUUUUCUAUUAAUUCCGGCACAAUGUCAACAAUCUAUUCCGGCCUUCAAGAACCAACAUAUCUAACCGUGGACGCCCACAACAGCUAUCUCUUCUGGAUUUCUGGAUCAUCAGAGAAGUCAAUAAUGCGAGGGACAUGGAGCAAGGAUACUCCCCAAGUUAUUUUGUCAUCUGCAAAUGUGGAAAAUCCCAGCUCUUUGUAUUAUGACAUCACAACGAACGGGUACAUUUUUGUGGAUUCCUUCGUUUGGAUAUAUGGAAACAAAAUGUACGUUUCAAGAACAGGUGAUUCGAUUGCAUAUGAUAAUGUGGAUAUAUUAGAAAACGCAGAUGGAGUCGCUGUUUUUGACCCGUCAUUACAACAAGAUAGAAGAGGUACCUGUAACAUAGUGAAUGGUGGCUGUGAAGAUAUAUGUGUGCCGACACAGAGCGGCCGAAGAUGUGAAUGCGAUUUCGGGCUGGAGAUUCAAUCAGACAACACAACGUGUGGCAGUAAUGUUUUUUCCAUGAAUUUCAUUGUUUUUGUGGAUUCCACACACAAAAGAAUACUCCAGGUUGAUAUUGAAACAGGACAUAUUGUCAAAUUGCCAAUCAGUACAACAAAUCCUGCUGGAAUAAUUUUCGAUAAAUCAAAAAUACAACUCCUUUAUUCUGAAACUUCUAACAAAGCCAUCAUGUCUACCACACUCCAUGGAAAGAAUACAACUUUAGUAUACGCAAUAGGUUUUGCUUUUGCUAGUCGUAUGGCGAUUGACUAUUCAACGGGAAAUAUUUACUACACGGCAGUGGGUUCAACACUGAGUCAGAGUUAUAUUGGAGUGGUACAUAGAAUGCAUUCACUCCAUAAACGUUUGUUGUCCAAUUUGGACAGUCCGGGGGAAAUUGCUGUGUAUCCGUCAAAAGGUUUCCUGUACUGGACAGAGUCUGGAACUACACCUCAAAUAGGUAGAACAUGUAUGGACGGAACGUUGAAAAUCUACCUUGUAACAACUGAUAUCGGAUGGCCAAUUGGCCUCACUAUUGAUUUUACAUGUAAUCAUAAACAUACUGAUUAUCGAUUUCCGUCACGAAUUUUGAGACUAACACAUCGCAUCGAGUUCUCCGAUCUGGAUGGCAGAAACAGACGAAUUCUGACGACUGAUAAUGGCGCAGAUUUAAUGAACAUAGAGAUUAAUGGACAAUACCUGUAUUACACCUCAUGGAAUCGACAACGCAUUACCAAGAUGGACAAAUCAACAGGUUCAAAGGUUGCCUUUAUGUUGGACCAUCCAGAAUUAGGCAAACUAGACAGUCUAACGAUAUAUGCAGAUGAUGAAGUUGACGUGAGCACGUAUUGUUCCACGUUGAACGGCAACUGCAGCACGUUCUGCUUUCCUACGCCAUCAGGGAGAACAUGUGGAUGUCAGGACAAUGUAUACCUCAAGUCCGACAAAACCACUUGUGAACGAGUAACCACCUGCAGUACGUCCCUGCAGAACCUGAAUGUACUCGAUUGCCUCGCGUAUUCUGGACAGACGUGUGAAAUUGAGUGUAAGACUGGAUACAAACUUGCUGUCAAUACGUCCAUUACCUGUGGAACGUCUGGUCAGUGGUCACCUCCUACCGCUGCUUUGUGCACAGAAAUAUUCUGCCCUCAAUACGUUGAUAACGUCGUGUUAUCCUCAAGUUGUGGAAGAAAGGUGGGUGAAGCCUGUAAGUUCUCCUGUACAGAAGGUCAUACCUCCACUACGUCACAGAACCUGGUUUGUAACGGUGACGGCACAUGGAACCAGAAUAUAAGCGAUCUAUGUACACAUACGGGUUGUUCCAAGAUCUUACAAGACGGGUAUCUUAUUGAUUGUGAGUCAAAAGCUGGCGAUACAUGUAGAUAUGAAUGCAACAGUCCUCUGGAAACCAAUCCCUCUAUUCCAAAUAUCACUUGCGGCACAAAUGGUGAUUGGAGUAACGAUACAAACGAUUUAUGUGGUGAGUAUGCUUUAUUGUUUGAGACACACUGA